UGUCAGUGGGUUAUGAUGCCGUCUCGUACCAACCUGGCUACUGGAAUCCCCAGUUGUAAAGUGAAAUACUCAAGGCUCUCCAGCACAGACGAUGGCUACAUUGACCUUCAGUUUAAGAAGAGCCCUCCUAAGAUCCCAUCUAAGGCCACUGCGCUUGCUACAGUGCUGUUUUUGUUUGGUGCCUUUCUCAUAAUCAUAGGCUCCCUCCUGCUGCCUGGCUAUAUCAGCAAAGGGGGGGCAGACUGGGCCGUUCCCGUCCUGAUCAUUGGCAUCCUGGUGUUCCUGCCAGGAUUUUACCACCUGCGAAUCGCCUACUAUGCAUCUAAAGGCUACCGGGGUUACUCCCACGAUGACAUUCCAGAUCUUGAUGACUAG